CCUAUUUAUUUUUAUUUCAUAGUGUCAAAUUGUUGAAAUUUUUCUGAAAUCACAAUAGAUCUUUUAAUGGAUGAAGCAAUUUGUCAAUUUUGUUCAGUAACAUAUGCAAGUUUAAAAGAAGCAAAAUAUUACUUGUAUUCAUCAUGUAUGGAUCUAGAACAGGCUAUUGCGUUAUAUUAUGAGUCAAAAAACAUAAAAGAAGGCAUAGAAAUGCCAGGAGAACAAAAUAUUUUUUAUGAUAAUCUUGUACAAGAAGCUAUUGAAAAAAAUACAAAAAAGGAUAUAUUCAAGGGUUCAGAUGUAUCCAAAAAUGAUGAUGUAAAUGAUUUAGUGGUGGAAAAACGUAAUAAUAUUUCUGAAUCUAAUACUUCUGAAUCUAUGUCUAAAUAUACACAACUUUAUUUAAAUAGGAUAAGAAAAAGUGUUUUUGAUCAGUCUUUUUCAACAGCGUGGGAAGAUGAUGAAUUUUCUGCUGCGUCAAAAGAACGUUCAAAAAAAAGUAGACCUGUAUAUCUUUUUACACCUCCAUUUGAUAUUAUAAAAAAUAUUGAUUUUGAAACCGCCAAAGAACAGGCUAAAAAUAAAAUGCUAUGGGUGAUGGUAAAUUUGCAAGAUAAUACUGAUUUUUUAUGUCAAAAAUUAAAUAGGGAUUUGUGGAAAGAUCAGAGAGUAAAAGAUGCUAUUCUUAAAAAUUUUAUUUUUUUACAAUAUAUUUCAACCUCAUCAGAUGGUAUAUUGUAUCAGCAAUUUUAUCCUAUAAAAGAAUAUCCUCAUAUUUCUAUUAUUGAUCCUAGGACAGGUGAAAGGGUAAAAGUAUGGGAUAGUUCUGUAAUAGAACCAGAUAGCUUUCUUAUGGAAUUACAUGAUUUUCUUGAACAAUAUUCUUUGAAUCCGAGUUUUAAGAAUCCUAUUACUCGAAAACUGUCUACAAAAAAAGUAGAAGAUAUGUCAGAAUCUGAACAGAUCAAUGCUGCAUUGAUUGCAUCAUUAAAUGAAAAAAAUAAAAUUAGUAAUUAUAAAAGAGUCUCUAGUAAAGAUGAAGUAAUUGUGAUUUCUGAUGAUUCAAAUAUUAAUCAUAAUGAUACACAAAACUCUUUAUCUUUAUUUGAAAAAAUUCCAGCAGUAACUCCACCUGAACCAAAUGCUAUGUCUACGGACAUCACUAAUAUUCAAUUUCGGUUUUCGGAUGGAUCAAAAAAAGUUCGAUUGUUCAAUUUAUCAGAUAAAGUCUCUCGGUUAUUCGAAUAUAUAAAAUCAGAAUUAUCUGCGAAUUCUAAGGAAUUCGAACUUGUAUUUAACAGAAUAAAGCUUAUUAAUGAGCUUGAUCAAACACUUGAAGCGUUAAAGCUUAAAAAUGUCAGUAUUACCGUAGAAUAUUCAUAG